CUGUACCCAGCGAACUAAGUUUCGCAUCUGGCCUAUGGAGGCCACCGUAACUGCUUCCCAUGAAUAUUAUCUUUGGUUGGGAAAUCUUUCAAACAAGAAGCUCAAUCUGAAAGGCGGCGAUAUGGUUCUUGUAAAAGCAGAAUUUUAUGGACGAGAUAAUAGAAUUAACGUGAACAAAACAGGAGUGGAUAUUGUAAAAUGGGAUUUGUUUGAUGGUUAUACUAAUUGGGAGGACUAUGAGACCAUGUCAUAUGAGUCUGAUGAAGACACUAAUGACGAUACACAGUUGAGCAUAUGCCACGUUUUCCUCUGCUACAAGACCCCCGAGGCAUGGCCGUGGUGCAUUGAAGGCUCUGAGUCCGAUCCGCUCCCUAAGUUCUUCGCCUCCGCUCUCAAAGCUUGCAAGAACGACAUCACUGCUAAGGUCCGUUUUCCAGCUCAAUUCGUCGGCGUUUCUGAUUGCUUUUCUUACCGUUUCUUAUUUCCUGGAGCUACUGAGUUCUGGUGUUGA